AUGGGCUUGCUGGCGCGGGGCGAGCUGCUGGUGAGCGACACGGAUCCGGUGCAUCUCAAGGUGCUGGCGUGCCAGCAGCUUGUGGCGCAUCUGCGGUACGACCGGCGGGCCGAGGCGGCGCGUAAGGCGCGGCAGCGACGGACAAGCGCGGCGUCAGGCGGGGCUGAGAGCGUAUACUCGGCAGGCGAUGAAGGCGAUGUGGGAGGGAGAGAGCGCGCGGCGUCGGUGAGCGCGGGAGCGAGCGUGGCCGAGUUUGUGGCGCAAGGGGCUGCUGUUGCGGCGGCGCCGCGGGCGAUACUCCCGCUGGACGCGGUGGCGCUCGGGCUGUACCUCACGAUGCACCUUGAUGCAGUGCUCCGUGUGCCGCUGUCAGUGGAUGUGGUGCGGCGGCGGCGCGAGGAGGAGGCGCGGCGAUUUCGGGUCCGUGCGCUUCUUGUGCAGUCGCCGUCGGGCGCAUGGGGCCUCAUCGGAACGUCUGCGGACGACAAUGCGGUCAACAUGGUGAAGCCGGUCCACUUUCCGUCGCUCUGGGACGUGGUGGCGGAGCUUGCGCUGGAGCUCGAGGCGCAGCCCGGGGAGCCGCUGGUUGUCGAGUCACUCGGCUUUGGGGCGCCAGUCCAUCACCUUGCGCGGGAGGCGAGCGCGGUCAAGUGGCGUAAGGCCGUUGUCGACGUCUCGCAGCUCGGAUGGCGGUCUGCAGCGCUGGCAGUGGACAAGUACGAGGCCAAGCUGCGACUGGUGGCACUGACGGUCAAGACGGAGAACGACGUGCGGGCGCGGAUGGACGAGCGGGCGCGGGCGGCGGUGCUCAACAUGUGGGCGAAUCCGGAGCGGGCGCGGGAGAUGGACAACUACGUGUGGGCGCCGCGCGGGCGCCCUGCCUUUUGCACGCAGGUGGGCCACGGCCUGCGGCGGUCGCAGGCGCAGGCGAUUCAGCGGCACGAGCGGGUCCACGAGGCGGUCAAGCCGUCACUCGGCCUUGUCGGCGAGUCGGCCGAGGUGCAGGAGGCGUAUGCGUGGAGCCGCGAGCAGAUCCGCGACCUGGGCCGGCUGUUUGUGCGCGAGCCGCAGGUCGAUGCUGCGGUGGCGGCGGCAGCGGCCGGCCUGCCGAACGAAAAGGCCGUUGUCAAGCGGUUGACGACCGAGGCGAGUCGCAAAGCGAUGAAGGUGACGGCUGCGGCGCUGCGGACUGAGCGCAUGUCGCAGGCUGAGCACGAGCUGAUGCGGCUCAAGGCCGAGCUGCCGCUUGAGAGCGAGCGGCGAGCAGAGCACAACGUGCUUGUGGCCGAGACUUCGUCUGCCCUGGCCAAAUUUGGCAACAGCGUGCCUGGCCAACCGAACGAGUACGACAUGGACGUGGCGCGGGCGUUUGACGCGGCUUCGUUGCGGUACGAGCCGCACGAGCUGCUCUCGGCGGUGCGGCUGACCGAGUUUGCGGCGGUUCAUUCGCAGAGCUCGUGA